CUAUCCUGCGUCACGUAAUUGAGUUUCUGACCCCUGUUUCUGUCUUGUUACGCUGUGCGAGGACUGGAAUGUAAACAUGGGAAGGCUACUGUGGGACGCUCGGUUAUUACGAGGGCCGAUCUGUGAAGUUACUGUCCUUUGUGGCGUCUUAAGACAAAAAAGUUCUCAUGGUCCAUACAAGCAAAGCUGCUGGGAGGAGGAGCAAGGAACUGAAGAAGAGAAACAGGAGUCAGGGAGAGGGAGGAGAGCAGACACCUCACGAGUUUCUUCCUUGCUUUGUGAGAAGAGAGUGAGUGAGAAUGCAGGAGCAGGGAGAGAGCUCGCGGCCUUCCAGCAGCGAGAGGUCGUCCAGCUCCGGCGGCCACCACAUGGAGCCCAAGGAAGGGAUGGAGAGCGACGACGAGAUAGGGAUGGUGCCGGAGCUGGGCCUGGAGCCAGGCGGCCCAUCCACGUCCGGCAGGGCCGGCGGGCCGGAGCGCGCCGGCCAGUCGUCCACGGCGCAAGGCAGCGCCCGCCGCCGCGGAAGAACGCCGGCGGACAAGGAGCACAAGCGCCUCAAAAGGUUGCUGAGGAACCGGGUAUCGGCACAGCAGGCAAGGGAGAGGAAGAAAGCAUAUUUGGGUGAUCUGGAGGUGAAGGUGAAGGAUCUGGAGAAGAAGAACUCAGAGCUGGAAGAGAGGCACUCCACCCUGCAGAAUGAAAACCAAAUGCUCCGACAGAUACUGAAGAACACCACUGUGAGCAGAAGAGGGCCAAGUGAGGGUCAAUAGCACACAAGGUAUCACUGUUGGUUCGCAGAAAUUCACAGGAGAACAGUAGAAUUCCCGCGAAUCAAAGAGGCCUAGACUCAGUAUGCUCUGUUGAUCGAUCCCAGGACACACCAUGUCUGGAUCUUAAUCUUUCUGAAAGCUUUCUGGCUGCAGAAGAACCCCAAAUAAUGGGGUGGAAAGCUUGUGCAGGUCUUCACAAAUAUCCCUCCAUACUCUGAUGUUUAGGACCACACUGUGUCCUUCAUUAAUGGUUUCAGAAAAUAUUCGUGGGGUGAUUUAACAUGUGGUUUAUAUCAUUUUUCAUGUGCGUACGAGUACAGUUUAAACAUUUUACAGUUUUUGCUAAUGGAAGUGGAGAUGGCACCUUUUGCAACUCA